UUUUGGAUAUGGGAAGUGUUGGAUUAGCACUUUCGUAAAUCUCACACAACAAUUUCGAAAAGAUGCCAAUCGUCAAAAGAGCAGCCGCUGCUCCGGAAGCGCCGCAGCAGCACAACCAGAAGUCCAGGAAGGGAAAGAAGGCCUGGAGGAAGAAUGUUGACGUUACAGAGAUUGAUGCUGGUCUUGAGGCCGCUCGUGAUGAAGUUAUCAAAGGUGGUAUAAUCAGCGAGAAGAAAUCCGACGACCUCUUCAUGCUCGAUGUCGACGGCGACGCCUCAAUCGCGAAGAAAUUUCUCAAAGCCUCGAAGCCCCUCAAAGCCGACGAGAUCAUUGCCCAACGCUCCGCCGUGCCCUCCGUAUCCAUGAGGAAGCGCCCUGGCGACAAGACAACCAACGGCAUCGCCGACGCCAAGCGCCAGCGCACCUCCUAUGUCUCCCACAAGGAACUCACCCGCCUCCGCAACAUCAUGGCAGGGAAAGGCACCCAAUCCGUCGUCGAGGUCACUGACCCCGCCUUCGAUCCCUGGUCCGAGGCCGCCGAUGCGCAAGCCCUAGUUGUCGAUGAGCGCUUCACCUUCCUCCCCAAGGCGCAGAACAAGGUCGCACCGACCACCCUGAAACAAAAGCCCAUCUCCCUCGCUGCCUCCGGAAAAGCCGUCCCAGCUGUAUCCAAACCCGCCGGCGGAUACUCUUACAACCCUGUCUACACUGACUACGAGCAGCGCCUCAUCACCGCCGGUGAGAAAGAGCUCGAGGCUGAGAAGAAGCGCCUCGCGAUUACUGAAGCGGAGCGUAUCCGCGCUGAAGCAUCCGCAAAGUCCGCCGCUGAAGCCGUAGCAGCCGAAGCGCGCGCGGAGCUAUCCGAAUGGGACGAGGAGUCCGCCUGGGAGGGACUCGAGUCCGGCGCCGAGGACACGCGGGUCAGCGCCAAGCGACCCGAGCGCAAGACGCAGCAGCAGCGCAACAAGAUCCAGCGCCGCAAGGAGGAGGAGCGGAAGCAGAAGAUGCUGGCGAAUAACAAGAAGCGGAACGAGCAGGCGCAGCAUAUCAAGAAGAUUGCCAAGUCGGUGGAGGAGGCGGAGGAGGCGAGGGCGCUGGCGCUGGCGGUGCAGGCGGAGAAUGCGGAUGAUGAGUCUGAGGGGGAGGACUUGGAGUUGCGGAGGAGGAAGUUGGGGAAGUUGCAGUUGCCGGAGAAGGAGCUGGAGUUGGUGUUGCCGGAUGAGCUGACGGAGAGUUUGAGGCUGUUGAAGCCGGAGGGGAAUGCGUUGAAGGAGAGGUAUAGAAGUUUGCUUGUCAGGGGUAAGGUGGAGGGGAGGAAGAGGAUUAGCUUUGCGAAGCAGGCGAAGAGGAAGGUUACUGAGAAGUGGACGCAUAAGGACUUUAUGCUCCAUUAGACUUGGAGUGGAUUGGGUAACUGGGACAUUGUUGGCGUUUUUUACAUACACUUAUGAUAUCGGGAAUUGAAAAUGCAGCGACUUAUUUC